UUGCAGCAACGCGCGAAAUGGUUUCGAGAACAACCAAAUAUUCAUGUCGGAGAUAUUGUACUAAUUGUCGAUAGCAAUUUACCACCACUAGAGUGGCGUUCAGGUAGAGUUCAAGACGUGCAUCCCGGCAAAGACGGUGUAGUGCGCGUGGUCACCCUACGCACUACUAAUAGACUCCUUAAGAGACCAGUAAAUAAACUGUGUCCUCUACCUUUAAAUCAAUAA